GCCCUCCUCCCCUCCCCCGGCCCGCCCUGCUCCUGGUCCCCCGCCCCCGGCUCGCGCUGCCGCGGUGUCCUGGCGUCGAGGUGUGCUGGCGGCGGGGUGUCGCAGGGCGUGUCGCGAGGUGACCGGGGGCGGGCUGAGGACGGGCGGGCGGGAGCGACGGAGGGCGCGCGGGGCUGGCGCUCCGGGCACCCCUCCCCCGCCGCGGUCGGCAGGCCUUUCCCCGGAGAAGAUGGCGGAUCGGGCGGAGAUGUUUUCUCUUUCCACCUUUCACUCGCUGUCGCCGCCAGGCUGCAGGCCUCCACAGGACAUAAGCCUGGAGGAAUUUGACGAUGAAGAUCUGUCUGAGAUCACUGAUGACUGCGGUCUGGGCCUCAGCUAUGACUCGGACCACUGCGAGAAGGACAGCCUUGCCCUGGGGCGUUCGGAGCAGCCGCACCCCAUCUGCUCCUUCCAGGAUGACUUCCAGGAGUUCGAGAUGAUUGAUGACAAUGAAGAGGAGGACGAAGAGGAGGACGAGGAUGAGGACGAGGAGGAAGAGGAGGAAGGAGAGGGGGAGGGCAAGGAGGGAGGAGGCCCUGGCUCAGAGACCCCCGCCCAGGAGCCCCUGAUCCCUUCCCCUUCCCUAGAGGAACCUCACAAGCAUCGGCCCACCACACUCCACCUGACAACGCUGGGAGCCCAGGACUCGCUGAACAACAAUGGAGGGUUUGCUCCUGGGCCUCCGGCCUGCAGGCAGGAAACAGCGCUGGGCCCAGCAGCACAGGAGCCUGUCCGAGAGCCGCCCGCCCCCCUCCCGCCCACCGACACGGGCCCCUGCGGGGCGCAGCCACCCGUGCGCCCAGGCUGCGACUCCGAAGGAAACCAACCCGCAGGGCCCCUGGUGCCCGGUGGGGCCUCCCCCUCCUCGGAUCCGGGUAUCGAGGCUGACCUGGGCAGCGGCUCCAGCGGAGGCCACGGGGGCCGGCGCGGCAGCCAGGACCUGUCGUCCCCGGGCUCCGACUACGAGGACGUGGGGGGCGCGCGCCUGGGGCGCAUGAUCUCGUCCAUCUCGGAGACCGAGCUGGAGCGGAGCAGCGACGACGGCAGCAGCAGCAGCGGCCGCUCCUCGCACCUCACCAAUUCCAUCGAGGAGGCCUCGUCACCGGCCUCGGAGCCCGAGCCGGAGCCCGAGCCGGAGCGCGAGCCCCCGCGCCGCCCCGCCUUCCUGCCGGUGGGCCCUGAGGACACCAACAGCGAGUACGAGUCCGGGUCCGAGUCGGAGCCGGACCUCAGCGAGGACGCCGACUCGCCCUGGCUGCUCAGCAACCUCGUGAGCCGCAUGAUCUCCGAGGGUUCCUCGCCCAUCCGCUGCCCCGGCCAGUGCCUGUCCCCCUCGCCGCGCCCUGCCGGGGAGCCUGCUUCGCCCCCCGGCGAGGCCCCGGGGGCAGCGGUGCCGGCGCCGGGCGGCGUGGAGCUGGUGGACAUGGAGACGCUGUGUGGGCCACCGCCGCCCGCGCCCCCCGCCCCUCGGCCCGGCCCCGCGCAGCCCGGGCCCUGCCUUUUCCUCAGCAACCCCACGCGCGACACCAUCACCCCGCUGUGGGCCGCCCCGGGUCGCCCCGCCCGCCCGGGCCGCGCCUGCUCCGCCGCCUGCUCGGAUGAGGAAGAGGACGAGGACGAAGAAGAAGAGGAUGAAGCUGAGGCCAAGGCGGCGCCCCCCGGGGGCCGGGGAGCGGGCCCCGCGGCGCUGGACGCCUCACUGGUGUACGACGCGGUCAAGUACACGCUGGUGGUGGACGAGCACACGCAGUUGGAGCUGGUGAGCCUGCGGCGCUGCGCCGGCCUGGGUGAGGACAGCGAGGAGGACAGCGGCGAGGCCAGCGAGGAGGAGGCGGGAGCCGUGCUGCUGGGCCGUGAUCAGGGCCCCGGGGACGCCUCCCCAGACAGCCCGGACCUCACCUUCUCCAAGAAGUUUCUCAACGUGUUUGUCAACAGCACCUCUCGAUCUUCCAGCACCGAGUCUUUCGGCCUCUUUUCGUGCCUGGUCAAUGGGGAGGAGAGAGAGCAAACGCACAGGGCUGUUUUCAGGUUCAUUCCCCGCCAUCCCGAUGAGCUGGAGCUGGACGUGGACGACCCGGUGCUGGUGGAAGCUGAGGAGGAUGACUUUUGGUUCCGUGGCUUCAACAUGCGCACGGGCGAGCGCGGGGUCUUCCCCGCCUUCUAUGCCCACGCGGUGCCCGGGCCUGCCAAGGACCUGCUGGGGAGCAAGCGGGGUCCCUGCUGGGUGGAGCGCUUUGACGUCCAGUUCCUGGGCUCCGUGGAGGUGCCUUGUCACCAGGGCAAUGGCAUCCUGUGUGCAGCCAUGCAGAAGAUUGCCACGGCCCGAAAACUGACCGUCCACCUGCGUCCUCCUGCCUCUUGUGACCUUGAGAUCUCUCUCCGGGGUGUCAAGCUGAGCCUCAGCGGAGGACCUGAGUUCCAGCACUGCAGCCACUUCUUCCAGAUGAAGAACAUCUCGUUCUGCGGCUGCCACCCCCGCAACAGCUGCUAUUUUGGCUUCAUCACCAAACAUCCACUGCUGAGCCGCUUUGCCUGCCACGUCUUUGUCUCCCAGGAGUCGAUGAGGCCCGUGGCCCAGAGUGUGGGCCGCGCCUUCCUGGAGUACUACCAGCAGCACCUGGAGUACGCCUGCCCCACAGAGGACAUCUACCUGGAGUAGCCGCCCCGCUCUCCUGCGCUGGGAGCAGCCAGGGCUGGGGCCGCCUUGGGAGGCCGCCUCAGCUUCGGCAAGGACUGCACUGGGGGCCCGUGGGGCCUGACGCCUGGGGGGCUGCGGGGCCGUGUGGGAUCGGGCGUCCUUGUCCGGGGGGGCCCUGCGCCUCUGACCCCCUCGCGUCCCCCUGCCGCCCGGGGCUGCCCGCAUCCCCCCCCCCCCCCGUCUGUCUCUGCUCCUCUGUGCUUCGAACUCACCCUCUGCUCUUCACUGUGGGGCCAGAACUGGGAGGGGCGUGGGGAGGAAGCUGCCAGGUGACCCCUCUUGCUCGUCCCCCGUGAUUUAUAAAGGAGUUUUAAUUUUUAUAGUGAAUAUCAAGGGAUCGUCCUGUCCUCAUCAUGGGGACAAAGAGAGGGCCCCCACACUGCCCCACUUGGCGCUCGGGGGACACAGGGAGGGGUUCCCCAGGAGGGCCUUGGUGGGGACUAGGAGUCGCCCCUGAUGCUCACCCCGAGACCCAGACGCUGCUAGGAGGAGGGGGCCCUGGCCCGGGCCCCAGCCACACCAGCAUCUGCUUUGCCGCUGCAAACGCUCCCUGCAGUCCAGCACCUCAAUAAACUCUCUGCUUGGUGUGA